AUGGCCCGGCUGCUGGCGCUGCUGGGCCCGGCGGGCAGGGUGGGCGCCCGGGUCCAGCCUCGCGCCACUUGGCUUCUGAGCGCCACCGCCCCCUGCGCCCCGCCGCCCUCGUUCCUGCCUCUGCUCCGUCCGAGGCCGGACUCCAAGCUGCUGUGCAUGGCCCGCGGGCACUGCGGUGGCCGCCUGGACCCCAGCAAAAUCCCUGCAGCGACAGGCAGCGACGUCAGCAGUCCAGAGGAGAAAAAGCAAAGCAAGUCACAGCAGCUGAAAAAGAUCUUUCAAGAAUAUGGAGCCGUGGGCGUGGCACUGCACAUCGGAAUGUCAUUGGUCUCCCUGGGCAUCUUCUACACGGUAGUUUCAAGUGGCGUGGACAUGUCUGCCAUUCUGCUUAAGCUUGGAUUUAAGGAGUCGCUGGUGCAGUCAAAAGUGGCUGCAGGCACAAGCACCUUCGUGGUGGCCUACGCCAUCCACAAGCUGUUUGCACCAGUAAGAAUCAGCAUCACCUUACUUUCCGUGCCCUUGAUCGUGAGAUAUUUUCGGAAGAUGGGAUUUUUUAAACCUCCAGCUGCAAAGCCUUGACCAACUCUUCAAUUGUGGACUUGAAAACCUAUUUCUCUUACAUUACACAUUUUGGAUUGGUGUUAGGGUUGUAGGAGUUUGGGGUUUUUGGGGGGGGGCGGUCAGGGCAAAGCGCAGGAGCUAAUUGCUAUGUUCUCAUCCAUAAGUUUUAAUUGCCAGCAAAAUUCACGUUUUUGAAAAAUGGUAAAUUUUUUGCUUUAGAAAUUUUGUUAGUGCUAUUCAUUAUAGGGUGUGUAUACAUAAUCUAAAAUGUCAGCAAAACGUCACAAAUGAGCCAUCAUCUCAAAACUGUUAGCUUAUGAAACGUUCCUUCUGGAAGAUCACUGGUAAGGGUCUUCCUGCAAAAACCCCAGGGGUUAAUCUUUGCUCAAAUUCUUAAAGGGCAACGAUUUAUUAAGCUAAUUUAAAAUUCUCUUUCCUCCAAUAUUCGUUGUCAGGCUGCCUGUGGUUUAAUAUGCAAUAUUCUACAAAACAGCUGCCAGUGUUACAAUUAAUGAAGCAGAAUUUAAGACUUAACAAUAUGUAACCAGGAUCUAAAUUAGAAUCAACACCUUCACAUUCAUUACACUUGUUUGGGGGAAAGAAAAGCAAGUAUUUCUGAUAUGUUUCAUUGGUCCCCAACCCCAUUCAAAUCUGGACAGGAUGGGGCUGACAACCUCAGAUGGGUUUUCUCAAACCUCCUGAGAGUAGGUCAGGGUCAUCUGUCUCUGUUUAGGUAAAAUACGGAGACUUAUCCAAUAGUAAUAGCAUCACUUGGCUCCUGAUGCCUGUGUCCUCGGAGGAAUGUGGAUACCGCUCACGUGGAAAGCUGAGACAGUCUUGGCCUCUGUAUCUCAAAGGUCAGACAUUCCAGAACUACCAUCGCAAUGUUGAUAUUCUGUUACUACUUCUAUUUUUCAACUGAGUUAAAAUUAUGUACAGUAAAAUAAGAUUCUGAAUCACUCUCUAAAAAGGAAAAUUAGUGACACUUGCUAGAAAUGGAAGACAACUGUGACACAGCACAGGCUGAGGGCGGGAACGCCUUCUCCGUUGCUGGAUGCUGGAGUUCCUUCCUUCCUGUGGGCCGGGCAUCUUGGCCCCCAGGCCGUCAUCAGGCCCGGCACCGCUCCAGCUCCGGGAGCCCCAGCUAAACCAGUUCUGCCCUCUCGCCCUGCUCAAAGGACUGAGUUGCAUUUAUCUUACUGGCUCCCAGUUUUGUUUUGUUUGCUUGUUUAAUUACAUUUGGGACAAUCAGAAAACUAAAAACUAUAAAGUGACAGUCCUGGUUUUACGGUCUGGCUGUUGACAGUUCCCUAGAUAGCUCUUAGUAACCCAUGUCAAUCACUUAAGUUUUUAUAAAAAUCUUUGUGGGCCGAGUUCUCCACUUGCCAGAUCGCUAAAGUGGAUCUGUAUCUCUUUUUUUCCUUUUAAAACAAUUACCCCAUUGCUAAAAGGUUCUACCACUUUAAAGUUAGAACUGCCUUUCUGGGACCUAAGUCCAAGGACAUCCACACAGCUGAGCGAGGUGCCCGAUGCUAGUGCGAGGUCGUCCCUCACGUGGACCAAACCAGCAUUUUCAUCUCGUCUCACCCUUAUUUAAACCUUUGGCCUUGGACUCCACACCUCCUUCUGUACCAGUCGCCCUACUGAGCAGAUCCAGGGACCGCCUGUGCAGAACAAGCUGACAGUGACUCCUCCAGGUCUAAGGGCUUAAAUCUUAAAACUCUGAUUGUGUCGGGAGUAAUGGGAGUGGACGAAAGGACAAGCAAUAACACUAGUUAUCACAGCAAAUAGCCAUAGCGUUCCCUUCUAAGCCCCAACUCCACUCCUGCGGCCAGUGGUCAGAACAGAAUGACCGAUGAGGAAAUCACAGGAUCGGGGACCUAGAGCGGUGUGUCAGUUCACCAGCAGGAUGUACGAACUGCUUGUAUUUACACUUUUUAUGGAACAAGGGGAAUAAAACGGAUGCUUUUAAAAACCCAA